AUGCAGACCUUGGUUCUCCUAGCCCUUCUCUGCGCCUCGGCCUCGGCCACUGCCAUCCAGGCCAGGUCUUCAUCCUACAGUGGGGAGUACGGAAGCGGUGGAGGGCAGCGGUUCUCUCACUCGAGCAACCAGCUGGAGGGCCCCAUCACCGCCAUCCGCAUUCGAGUCAACUCUUUCUUCAUCGUGGGUCUCCAGGUGCGCUAUGGCAAGGUGUGGAGUGACUACGUGGGUGGCAAACUGGGGGACCUGGAGGAGAUUGUCCUGCACCCAGGGGAGUCGGUGAUCCAGGUGUCCGGGAAGUACUUCCUCUUCCACGUGACGAAGUUGGUCUUUGUGACAAACAAGGGUCGCUACCUGUCCUUCGGGAAGGACACAGGAGUGAGCUUCAACGCCGCGCCCCUGUAUCCCAACACUGUGCUCCGCUUCGUCAGCGGCCGGGCUGGUUUAUUCCUCAACGCCAUCGGCCUGCACUGGGACAACUACCCCACGUGCUGA